CCGGCGUGAGGGCGGAAGUGGCCUUGUUUUGGAGAGGAUGGGGCCAAGAUGGCGGCUGGCGGUGGUGGGGCUCUUCGCGGGGCUCCUCCUCCUCGCGGCCUCAAGUUUGGCUGAAGUGGCCUCUGAGAACGAAGGGAAGAAAAUCCAAGGCGCUGUGCUGGGGACGACGCCGUGUUGGCGGACGGAGGACUUUGUGGUGACGCUGCAGUGCGCCCCGUGCACCAGCUUCCAAAGUAAAACGAUGCCCGAGUGCGGAGCGACCGGCUUCGUGGAGCAGAUCAACUGCAGCGCUUCCAAGAAAGGAGAAUUCAAGAGCUGCCGCUCGGCGGCCAUGGAGGCACGGCUCUUCUGGAAGUUUGAGGGCGCCAUGCUGGGGGCGGCGGCGGCCUUUGCCCUCCUGGUGGUCUGCCGGCAGCGCCUGCUGGACCGCAAGGCCCUCGAGAAGGUCCGCAAGCAGAUCGAGUCCAUCUAGCCGGACGCAAGGAGAGCGGCCGGAAGACCUCCCUGCGGAUGGGCAGCGCCGGACAGGCAGGGUGUGUCCCUUGGGGGUCCCCGGGGGUCUUGCGUGGUGCAGAGUUGGGACUCAGCCCACACCUGGAUUGGCCUCAGGAUCACACUGGGACCCCCUCCCGUCCCGGGAUUGAGAUACAUCUCAAGUCUGGACUCAUUUCCCCCUCCGGAUUGAGAUAAGACUGAUAUCCGGAAUUAUUUUCCACCCUGGAUUGGGAUAAGUCAAUUCCGGAUCAAUUUCUCCCCCUGAGUUGGAGUAAGACUCAAAUCUGGACCCAUUUCUCUCCCUGGAUUGAGAUACAUCUCAAGUCUGGACUCAUUUUUCCUUCUGGAUUGGGAUAAAAAUAAAAGCUGGGUCUAUUU